GGGCUUUACACAGAGCUUUAAAGGAAGGCAAGCACAGAAAAGUGACAAGUCACAGGAAAAUCAGCGUAGAGGCGGGGCUAUCAAAGCCCAGCGCAGUCAUAUAGUGAAAAAUCUCAAUCAGGAGGCAAACACAGAGAGACCCAAGGCAGAACCAGGACUAUCCUCUUUAAAAAAUACAGCUCUUCACCACACAGGUUUACCCUUGUUUUUCCUGCCUGAACAAUGACUGAGAAUGUAGAAGAUCAGGUCAACCUCUCUCAAACGUCCAGGUCUGAGCCACAGACACCACAUUUUCUGCGAGAUGUCAUCUUCCAUGGCAAGUUUAAGCGGCUGAAGGCUCUAACUCCUGAGGAAAACACCCGCUCCCAGCAUGGCCUCUUCUUCCAGGAUGGUCAGCGACGUGUUGACUAUAUGCUCACUUAUUCUGUGAAGAAGUCGAGCGGAGGCCACUCCAGUCGGCAGCCAGCGCACCUCCUCGCUGAGAAUGCUGUUACCCGCAGCCUGCGCCAUGGUCCUCAGAGCUGUGGUGAACAGCUCCGACCUCAGCGAGCACAAAGGACAAAAGACUCAUCUUCCCUACAUUCAUCAGCAGUGACUGACAUGGAGUUGGGCAGUCCAGGAGAGAUCUUCAAUGGCCAGGAGGAUCAAAAGGCAUUCAGACGGGAGGAGUUUGAGGGGAAGCUGAGAGACAUGGGGCUGGAGCUGGAAACAGAUGAAGAUGGCAAGAUUCCAGGUGUGUGCUUUGUGAAAAUUCACGCUCCCUGGAACGUUCUCUGUCGAGAAGCCGAAUUCAUGAAGUUAAAGAUGCCCACCAAAAAAGUCUAUGAGGUCAAGCAGUCAAACAGUAUUGUGGAGAAGAUCAGUACUCUGAUUAGUAAAAUUCUGGAGCCCCUUCACCCACAUGUUGAGGAUCAUCAGCCCAAGAAUAUCAAACACCUGUCACACACUUUCUCUAGGGAAAAACAACACCUAUUUGACCUCUCAGACAGGGAUUACUUCUUUGACAGCAAAACCAGGAGCUCAAUCGUUUUUGAAAUACUAAAAAGAACAAGCAAGGCCAAGUACAGCAUGGGUAUCACCAGUCUCCUUGGUAGUGGGGUAUAUACUGCAGCUUAUCCUCUUCAUGAUGGAGACAUUGAUGAGGAGAAUGCAGACCCCAAUGAUAGAAAGCUUUUAUAUGAGGAGUGGGCAAACUACAGUGUGUUCUACAAGUACCAGCCAAUCGGACUUGUGCGGAAGUAUUUUGGUGAGAAGAUCGGUCUUUAUUUUGCCUGGUUGGGUCUAUAUACUCAGAUGCUGAUUCCUGCCUCGCUUGUGGGGGUUAUUGUCUUUCUGUAUGGAUGUGCCACAGUCGAUGACAACAUUCCAAGCAUGGAGAUUUGCCAUCCAAAGAACAACAUCACCAUGUGUCCACUAUGUGACAGAGUGUGCAGCUACUGGAAACUUAGUACUGCCUGUGGAACUGCCCGGGCCAGUCAUCUGUUUGACAAUCCUGCCACUGUUUUCUUCUCUAUAUUCAUGGCUCUCUGGGCUGCCAUGUUCAUGGAGCAUUGGAAAAGGAGGCAGAUGAGACUGAACUAUGAAUGGGACCUUACUGGGUUUGAGGAUGAAGAGGAAGCUCUGAAGGAUCAUCCCAGGGCUGAGUAUGAGUUCAGAGUAAUGCAGAAGUCUCUAAGGAAAGGUCAAAAGUCUCAGCGCAAGAUGGAAAAGCUCACGUUUCAGGACCGUCUGCCAGCCUACAUGACUAACAUUGUCAUGCUGUUGUUAAUGAUUGGUGUUACAUUUGCCAUUGUAUUUGGUGUGAUCCUCUACCGGAUCUCCACCAAAGCUGCUCUUCAUAUGAGCUCCAGUCUGAUCACAAGGAACCAUGUACAGCUGACAGUUAAAACCACUGCAGCCAUCAUCAACCUUGUGGUCAUCCUUAUAUUGGAUGAGGUAUAUGGAGCUGUGGCACGAUGGCUUACUGUAUUAGAGGCUCCUAAAACUGACAAGAGUUUUGAGGAACGACUCAUUUUCAAGACCUUCAUUCUCAAGUUUGUCAAUGCAUUUACCCCAAUCAUCUACAUUGCUUUCUUCAGAGGAAGACUAGUAGGCAGGCCAGGCAGCUACCUAUAUGUCUUUGACUCUUACAGAAUGGAAGAGUGUGCUCACGGAGGCUGUCUGAUGGAGCUUUGUAUCCAGCUGAGUAUCACCAUGUUGGGAAAGCAGCUUAUUCAGAACAACCUUUUUGAGAUUGGAAUACCCAAGCUGAAGAAGCUGAUUCGAUUCAUUCGGUCAAAGCGAGGAGGUUUUCAGGAAGAAGAGAGGCAGAAGAAGUUGACAAGAUAUGAAACUGACCAUUUUCUGGAGCCAUUUGGUGGACUAACUCCUGAAUACAUGGAAAUGAUCAUCCAGUUUGGUUUUGUUACAUUGUUUGUGGCAUCCUUCCCUCUGGCUCCACUCUUUGCUCUGCUCAACAACAUCAUUGAAAUACGACUUGAUGCCAAGAAAUUUGUGACUGAGUUGCGAAGACCAGUGGCAGCAAGAGCCAAAGACAUUGGUAUAUGGUACAACAUACUAAGAGGGGUAGCAAAAGUUGCUGUCAUCAUUAAUGCAUUUGUCAUCUCCUUCACGUCAGACUUCAUCCCUCGGAUGGUCUACCAGUACAUGUACAGUACUGAUGGCUCCAUGCAUGGAUUUGUCAACCAUACGCUGUCCUAUUUUAAUGUUAGCCACUUCCAGGAAGGCAAAGAACCUAUGGAUCCAUCACACCUGGGUUACCCCGUUGCAAUUUGCAGGUAUAAAGACUACAGAGAACCUCCUUGGUCAAACACACCAUAUGAGCUCUCAAAGGAAUUCUGGGCAGUGCUGGCUGUCCGUCUGGCUUUUGUUAUUGUUUUCCAGAAUGUUGUGAUGCUCAUGAACGACAUUGUUGACUGGCUAAUCCCAGACAUCCCAAAAGAUAUCAGCCUGCAGAUCCACAAGGAGAAGAUUCUGUUAGUAGAGCUGUUCAUGAAGGAAGAGCAGGGAAAGAGCUACAUUCUUGACAGCAGCACUUCAACAGGUGUAAAGGAGAACUGCAGCAGACAACACAGCAACAACAGAGUGCCUCCUCCACGCUCUCGGCGGCACACCAACAGCACCAAAAGCUUCUAAUUCUAGUAGCUGUAGCUAUAUAUUUUUUAGCUUAAUCUUAGUUAUCACAUCAAAGCUUGCUAGUAGAUUUCUCGCUCAGGACUGACUAAUAAAUUGUAUGUUUUUCUUAAUAUUCGUAACAUUCCAACAACUGGGACAGCAAUUGGCCAAAGAGGUGUGAGAAAAAUAAAUGUGUGGCCAGAUAUGUUGCAUCUUGUUGAGAACUGUGAAACUGUGUCAUGUCAUAUGUGCUCACUCAAUAUGUGUUUAUAUACAUACGAAUCUCUGAUUGUGUACUCAGAUUUGUGAAUGUGUAAAUUAAUAUGUAUUCAGCUUUGCAUGCAUUAGAUUUGAGAAUUUUUAUAUAAUCCCUUAAAUGCUCACAAUAAUUUCAGAAUAUGUACAAAAAUGUUGACAAAAAUUCAGUGUGCAUAAGAUUUUUACCAGUAAAUUCAAAGAAAUAGUGCAAAAAACUUUUCAUUAAACUGUGACUAAUCAACCCUCAAAACCCACAGAAAUAGAACAAAUAUUAAGGAGAAAGCAUUUUCAACUCUCUGUGUGAGGAACAGGCAAUCUGAAAUUGGUCUUCUGUUAACAUGAGAUUAUUUUCACUCAAUAAAUCUACUCUGUAAUGUUUGAAACUAAGAGCAAAACUGUUUGAAAGCAAGUCCACUAUAUAUUCCCUGCACCUGGUCUUUGUUGCAUUUUUAUGGACUACUCUUCUAUAUACCAACCUUUGCUCAAGUAAAUCUAUCAACUUGAUUUUUUUUCUUCUGAGUCAUGCUUUUCAGUCAUUUUCCAUCCAACAGUUGUUAAAAACCUUCCCAGCAGCCCCGGUAUUUCUUUUCAAGGUCACAGCACUUGUGUCUUUAGAGCUCAACUGGGAAAAUACUCAUUGUACGUCCUGUAUAAUGACAAUAAAGGCAUUCUGUUCUAUUCUAUUACAACCUUUUCUGUGUUCACCAGGACC